GCUGGUCACUGGGUGGGGGCCUUUGCCCAGUCCUUACCUGGCUUGGAGAGUGAGGCCUGAUGGGAAGUUGCAGCUCCUCCCAGCCUCACCCCAGCCCUCUCCCUGGCCUCCCAAGGUCCUCAUCAGUGGCCUUCCUUUCUCUCAUUUCUGAGUGUCUGGCUUUCCUGGUGUCCAUCAGUCCCGGGGAGGAGCCUCACAGCAGUCCACCCCUCGGGCCUGGUUUCCUCAGGAAAAGCCUUGGGAGGAAGCAGGGUGGGGGUUGGGAGCUACUAGAGCCCGAUGAACUGCGGCCCUCCCACUCCACUGGCCGCCAUGGGGCCGGAGCUGCUGCUCCCACUGCUGCUGCUCUGGACUCCGGGGACCCAAGGGUCCAAGCUGGACCCGAAGGGGCAGAACGUCUGCAGAGGCAGCAGCCCCUUUGCCGAGCUGCUGUGCUGUCCCGGCUGGAAGCAGAAAGACCAAGAGUGCACUGUCCCCAUCUGUGAGGGGCUGGACGCCUGCCGGAAAGACGAGGUAUGCGUGAAACCAGGCCUGUGUCGGUGCAAACCCGGGUUCUUCGGGGCUGAGUGCAGCUCCGCCUGCCCAGGCCAGUACUGGGGCCCCGACUGCCGGGAGACCUGCUCCUGCUACCCCCACGGCAAGUGUGACCCCGCCACAGGCGUGUGCCAGUGCCAAGCUGACCGCUGGGGCAAAAACUGUGAGUCUUUGUGCUCCUGCGGGCCGCACGGACAUUGCGACCCCAAGACUGGCCAGUGCCGCUGUAACCCGGGCUGGUGGUCGGCCACGUGCCGCCGCCAGUGCCAGUGCAACCCCGCAGCACGCUGUGACCCGGACACCGGUACCUGCUUGUGUCCACUGGGCUGGUGGGGCCGCCGCUGCAACUUCAAGUGCCCCUGCCACAAGUUUCCUUGUGUACCGGACACCGGCCGCUGCAUCUGCCCGCCUGGGUGGCAGGAGCCUGACUGCAAGCGGCCGUGCACUCCCGGCCACUAUGGGUUACACUGCCGCCAAAGAUGUGGGCACUGCAAGCAGAAUGCCCCGUGCUCUGUGGACACUGGCAGCUGUGAGUCCUGCGAGCCAGGGUGGAAUGGGACCAGGUGCCAGCAGCCUUGCUCACCAGGCACCUUUGGCGAGAGCUGCAGCCAGCAGUGCCCCCGCUGCUGGGAUGGGGAGCCCUGUCAGACAGAAACAGGACACUGUGAGCACUGUGACCCUGGCAAGCUGGGGCCCAGAUGUGAAGAUACCUGCCCGAAUGGCACCUUUGGGCUAGGCUGCAGCUUUCCCUGUCCCACCUGUAUUCACGGGGCCUGUGAUGCUGAGACUGGAGAAUGUGUCUGCAGCGCCGGCUACUGGGGGACCAGCUGCAACAGUUCCUGCCUGGCUGGCUUCUAUGGCCACAACUGCUCCCUGUCCUGCCAGUGCUCGGAUGGACUCUGCGACCCUGUGUCUGGGGCCUGCCUCUGGGGCCUUCAUGGUAAGCAAGCCUUCCUCAUCGCUGGCAUCCUUGGGCCUCUGCUGCUGCUCCUCUUGGGCAUUGCCUGCUGUGCCUACUGCUGCUGUACCACUCGGCGGGAGCCCAAGGACGGGCCUGCAAGGGGUGGAACCACCCUGUCCAGGAUGAAGCAGCAAGUCUCGGGGGCACUGAGCAGCCUGGGCUCUGUGCUGCUGUGUGGUUCCCUCAGUGGCUACAAGCUUCCCUGGGUGACAGUCUCUCACCACGACCCGGAGGCCCCCUUCAACCCCAGCUUCAUCGAGCAGCCCUCUGCCGGCUGGGCUUCCGAGGACUCCUUCUCUUCUGAUUCGGAAUCCGGAGCGGAGAAUGAGGAUUCUGCCUACUGUGUGUCUUCCCUAAAAGGGACGGCUCCUGUGGCCCAAAUAGAGUCGUCAGAGGCCACCUUCCCUCCCCCUGAGGACACCUCCACGCCGUUCCCUAUCCCUCGAACCUCCAGUUUAGCUCGGGCCAAGCGGCCCUCGGUCUCCUUUGCUGAAGGCACCAAGUUUGUGUCACAGAGUGGCCGAAGCUCAGGGGAGCUCUCCAGCCCGAUCCGAAAAUCCAAGAAGCCCUCAAGAGGGGCGCAGCCAGGUCCUGAGGGUCAGGAGACUGAGGAAUCCACCAGCCCCGAGCAAGCAAAAGUGGAUAAGGCCCCUACUGCUGCUGCUGCCGCCGCCGCUGCCAAACCCAGCAGUUCUGUCAAUGGCCACCAGUUCCCUCGUGGUGGCCAGAAAGUGGCCGAGCCUGGGGAAACCACCGAGGGCAAUGUUCAGGAGAGCUCAGCUUCUUUGGCCUCAGUCUACAUGCUGGUAGGGAUGCCCGAGAAAUCCCAGGGCCAUGUCCGGUCUGUCCUCCGCCGUUUGGGUAACUUCCAGAAGAGCCAGGCAGAACCGAAGGUCAAGAGUGCCAUCCCUAAGCCCCCACGCCGAGCUCUGGGCCAGAAGAAGGGCAGCCCUGGGCUGGCCUCAGGCUCUGCCAGUCAGAGCCCUGGCUCGGCUCUCAACGCCAGCCUUGUGGAGGCCGCAGAAUCUGCGGGAGUUGGGCCCGAGGAGGUGUCGAGGGGGCUGGGGGACGGCAGGGAGAGCCCGGGGAAGACCCAGGAGCCGGUGCCCAGCAGCAGCCUCCAAGAACAGGCUCCCCAGAAGCAGGCGGAAGAGGAAGGGCAGGAGGAGCCCCUGUAUGAGAAUGUACACACAUGUGGGCGACCAGAGUCCUGAAGACCUUGGAUUUGGGGCGUAGGAAGAAUACGAAUAGGGUGGGAUGGGGGGACACCAGAAUCUGCCAUGAAUCAGAUUGUGCUUUGUGCUGGAAAAUUUUCCCAGAGCCAGCGUACACAACAGAACCUCUGCACUGGAGUAGGCGAGACGGAGAGGCCAGCUGGCCCCAGGCCCUGGCAGCGGCCCCGGAGCAGGUCUGGAGCACCCGGGCAGGCAUCCUGCAGGAAGGGGUCAGGAAGAGGGAUGAGAGGCUGCAGGGACUUUUUGUCUGUUGCCCUGGAUUCUGCCCCCAAAGGACUGUUCUUUCCUUUAUUUGCCAAACAUUUUUCUGAAAUGGGAAACAACCUAAAUGUUUGAUGAUAAAAGAUUGGUUAAACAAAAACUUACGUGAGUUACUGCACAGCUACUAAAAAUUGUGUUGUACAAAAAAUAUUUAAUAUGACAGAAUGUUCAUGCUUCACUAAGUGUGUAAAAAGUGUCAUGCAAUUUAUGGAAUACAGUAUAGCUCCAUUGUU